AUCAAGUUGAGCAUCAUCGAUCAAAGAAAAAUCACCAUUCAUUUCAAGUUUCCGGUCGCCAAAAAUGCAGGGAGAAUUACAGAUCCCAAAAUUCGUCAUCGACCUCUCGCAGCCGCCCGAAGCCCGCUACGCUCACAUCAUCCCUCACUUCCGAGAACAGGUAGACAGCUGUGAUUUGCCCGGUCUGUUCUAUGACCUUCUCUGCCAGCUUGCCGGGCCGCGGCGUGGAAAAUGCCUGGGCGUCAUAUCUCGACUGGCCUUGCGUCGAUUGUUCAUGGCUGAGGAGUCAGCCGAGUUGGUCGGCAUCUCCAAAGCGAGCGGAAUUCCAAUGCAUAUUCUCGUCGCCUUCAACGUCAUUCUAGACCUCCUGCUCGGAUGCACGAGUGGAGGCGCCCGCACUCUAGAUCCUGGCAACUCUGCGCCAAACCUGCCAACCCGCAUGCUUCACUUCCGCACGCUAGACUGGGGAAUGGACCAACUGCGGGAGAUUAUCGUGGAGCUCGACUUUGUUCGCUCUCACGGAGGGCCCGUCAUUGCUACCACAGUGACUUAUCUCGGCUACGUUGGAGUUUUGACAGGCGUGAGGAAGGGAUUGAGUAUGAGCUUAAACUUCCGGCCAACUCAUGCUCGGAAUUCGUGGCGUCAGAGGGCAUCGUUUCGCUGGCAGCAAGCCUUGGUCGUCCUUGGCUUCCGACGUUCUAUCUCCAGUGUUCUCCGAGGCUUUCUUCUGGAGCCUCCCUCGGCAAAGAACGGUGGAGAGUCAAAAUCAGGUAAAGGAAUUACAAGGAGUGAGAAAGAUAUUGAAGAGGUCCAUGACGAUUACAUGCAAGCCAUCUUGUCGAAUCUCUCCACUUCACCAUCAACAGCUGCAUAUCUCAUCUUCUGCACAUCGGAUAAGAUCUUUAUCGUCCAGAAGGAUCACCACCACGCCUCGGUUCGAGUGUCAGACACGUUCUUGACUGCGUACAACCACGAUGCAGACGCCGAGAUUGAUUCAGAACAGCCACAACCGUCGCUUGAUGAGACUGUACCCGAUGUUGCACCUGAUGCUGCACCUGAUACCACACCUGCUGUUGCAGCCGAUAUUGUAAUCGACAUUGCAUCCGAUGAUGGUACUGGUUUUGGGUCUAGUGUUCCAUCUACAAACUCAGAAAGUGGGAUUGGAAUGUCCGACAUUCUCAACCUCUCCCUUGAAAGAAAGUGCACUCUUGACGAGAUGUGGGCAAGGCAAGUUAAAGCUUGCCAACAACUCUACGGACAACAGGAGGAAGCAGUCACUCUGGAUGAUGUGAAGUUGUUUCUGGAUGACGAAGACAUCAGCAAUGAAGAGACCCACUAUGCCGUGAUAAUGGAUCCGACAGUUGGUAAAGUUCUGUGGCGAAGAGCUUAUGAGGUUGAUGAUGAUGAUUACAGUUGUAGUGAUGAUAGUGAUGAUAAUUGAUUUGAUACAGCAUGGUGUUCAGAGGGUUAUAGGAUGAGAAAAUAAAUGGAAAAGGGUUAGGUUGAAGACAUGUACCAUAUCUCGGCUCUAGUUCUAC